CCAUUCCUGUAGCUCACCCAAUUUCAUUACCUCAAUCUUUUUGGUUCAGAUUCGAACAGCGAAAGCUUUCUACUAUUUUAAUGGUUAACAGGCUGCGAGAAAUCCCCAGGGCGACAAGUGUGUUAAAAAAACGCACAAAAUGUACACCGCCAUUUGAAGCGAACAUGGUGUGUCCCCUCAACCAGGGCAGAAUAAGGUUUUAUAUACGUCAACCUUGAAGGGCAGUAAUAAUUCUCACGCACAAAGAGUAAAGAGUGAUGGCGGAAUGAGCUUUCAACCCUCGAAUGAAAACAGCCCUUUGUUCAAAGUACAACCAGUGUGGGGGCGCCCGGGCCUUUUUUUAUUUCAGGUAAAUUCAUCAUUGCACGGAUUAAACGUCGGAGAAGACGCAAGAGUUCCCUGUCGCAUACGAACGUCCGGCGUGGAUGAGACCCUCCGAUGUGAGCCGCGUGUCAAAUCUCCCUCGGAUGCCGCUGCAAACACCGUGGACGAUAAGCUCGGUAUUUUAAAAAAUCCAGUCAACUAAUCAAUGUUUAUGCCAGAUUUAGAGUUUUUGAGAUUAAGAUUAGCUGGAAGAUAGAGGCUUUGCGCUGUGAGGAGCGGGGGAUGGUGAAGGGGCGCCUGUCGAGGUCAGGGGUUCGAGUUUCUGUAGCAGGAGUCGAAGUUGUUUUUUUGCCGGGGGCCACACAGUAGCGAUCUGAGGAGUUAGACGUUUUUUCUGUAGCGCUGCGUUAUUUUGUGUGAAAUGGAGACGCAAAGCUUAAAAUGCAUGCAUUUUUUGAGAUUAAUUUUUGUUUAAAGCUUAAAUUGCAUGCAUUUUUGAGAUUAAUCUUUGUUUAAGGAGUAGAGAUUAAAUAGAGGAUAGACUAUUUUCGGUUUUUCGCAUCCUGCUGUCCGUUUCCAGGUUUCACAUCUAUGUUGAGUUGAAUGAAAGAGUUGAGCUGUGUGAUAUUUAUGUCGCCGUCCUGUCUCUCAACUACCCUACCUUAAAGGAUACGUAUUCGCUACGUCUUGUAGUGACAUUGUUUCUUCUGAACUGAGGUGAAGUAGCUGUUGGCUGAGAUGGAAAAUAUUUUGGCUGGAAAAUGUUAAUGCGAGGGUUUGGAGUGUACAGAGACUCAGGUAUGGCCAAGUCGCGGAAGGCACCAGCGGCAGGGGAGUAUUCAUUGGCAUUGAAGAGGCGUGAGGCUUCGCUAGAUUUUAAGGGAGACAGAGAGGAGAAAAAUAAGGCGCACGGAGGUCGCUUUCGCAGCCCUCGGUUGAGUAGAAAGAGCGGGCCCGGAACGCCUGUGCCGUGCUGGAAGCUUUACGAGAAUCGAUCUUAUGAUGCCUUUGCUCGUGGUUCCGGGAAAAGUAAUGAUAGUAAAGUGAACGCUUCAAGUAACAGUAAUAGUGGCAAGCGAAGAAAUAGUAGCAAUACUGAUUCUUGUGUAGUGGUUUCUGCACGAAAACUGGCGGCCAGUGUGUGGGCGCUGCAGCAGCCUCAAGAUUCGCGGAGGAAAAGUGCCAGCGCUUCGAUCUCAUCGACUAUUCAUCGCUUGAAAAAGCAAGGCUGCAGUGACCUGCAGGAUUUUGAGCCCCUGGAUGCUUAUGCGGAGAGUUCAUACCUGUAUAAGCUUGCUCUGAUGAGGUCGACUAAUCAUGGAGCUUUAAGGAAAAAGAAUGGAUUAAUUCCUCUUUCAACUGCUGUUUUAAGCAACAAGUGCUAUCAGCAGGUCGAUCCAGUUAAGCAAGCUACUGUAAUCUCAAAUCCUGAGCUGGAGAAGGCCACAAAGUGGGACUCGGGCGUUAGAAAGACUUCAGAAGACGUUUUCAGAGCAUACCACCAGAUCAAGGACCUAGAAGAUCAACAAACUACAAGUGAGUCUCUUGUCUUGGCUCUGCAAAAUGAGCUGGCAAAAACUCGUCUGCAAGUGCAGGAGCUAGAGCGUGCAGAGAGAUCCUCCCGAAAAGAAGUAGACUGUUUUCUGAAAAAAAUUGCAGAGGAGAGGGCCAGAUGGCAGAAUAAAGAACAAGAAAGGAUCAGGGUAAUGAUACAAAAAAUGAAAGAAGAGUUGAACAAUGAGAGGAAAGCAAAUCGAAAGAUGGAAGUGCUUAAUGGAAAACUGACAAAGGAGCUUGCAGAGACGAAAAUGACAAUAAUGAGAUCUUUGGAAGACCUUGAGAAGGAAAGGAAGGCAAGGCAGCUCAUGGAAGAUGUUUGUGAUGAAUUGGCAAGAGAGAUUGGGGAAGACAAAUCUGAAGUAGAGCAGCUAAAACGUGAAUGUAUGAAAGUUAGGGAAGAAGUCGAGGAAGAACGUAAAAUGCUGCAGAUGGCCGAGGUGUGGCGUGAGGAAAGGGUUCAGAUGAAACUUGUAGAUGCAAAGCUUGCACUGCAAGAGAAGAGUCUAGCUUUAGAUAAACUGCGAGGAGAUUUGGAAGGUUUUAUAAAUUCGAGAAUGGCAUCUCAAGGCAAUGGUAUUGUACAUGAUGCUGCUGCAGAUGUGCGAGAUGCUAAAUUGCUCAGGGAGGCUGCUUGUUCAAUACAGGUUCAAGAUAUGAAAGAGUUCUCGUAUCAGCCUCCAACUUCUGAAGAUGUUUUCUCUGCUUUUGGAGAUUUACAACAAUACACCGGACAGAAUGACUCAUCUGAUGGUAGGACUGGAUGGGAUCCAGAGGAUGGUUGUUACAGUCCCAGGAGCCAUUCCUCUAAGAUUCUUACUGUAACUCCUGAGACCCAUGGAUUCAAUAGAAAUUUGAUUAGAGGCCACCAAGAUAAAAAGGGCAGAGGGGGAGACAGACAAACACAUUCACAGGAUGAUGGAGUGAAAAGAAGAGAAGAUGGUGAUGAAGAAGAGACUGAAUGGGACUAUGCAAGUAGUGGGGAUGAGGAAGGAUCUAGCAAUUCUUUUCAAGAGAGCAAAACCUCUUUAAAUGGAGGUGAAAUGGAUGGUAGCUUUUCAGAGAGUGAAACGGAUUGGGAAGAGAACAAAGACUCAGCUGUUGUCAUCACAGAAAUUGAAGCUUACUCUCCUAAAGCAGGGCAAUUGAGGACCAAAGGGCACCUUUGGGGGCCAAAUGCUGGUAAGGGAGAGUUAUAUAAAACAAUCUCCAUGGAGAACAAUUUUAACACGAAGAGCAUGGUCACAAUGACCUCACCUGGCCAACAGUCUGUGAAUGGGGUGGUCAGUCCAUCCAAUGGUGGAACGUGGAGUUCAUCAGAUGCAGGCAAUCCCCAUAUUGCUAGAGGCAUAAAGGGAUGUGUAGAGUGGCCUAAGGGAAUCCAGAAGAACAGUCUGAAAGCAAGGCUAUUGGAAGCAAAGAUGGAAAGCCAAAAAUCCCAACUUAGACAUGUCUUGAAACAGAAACACUAGGUGGCCACAAACUUCCAAAGAUGAGUGCGUGAUUGACAGAAUAUUACACUCGUAUCUGAUGUUGGCUAUUUAGCUAUCACUGAACUUCAGAUAUGGAACCAUCCUUUUGCAAAGUGAUCAUCAGUGCAUGACAAUACGUCUACUGCAGAAGUCUGGAACAUCAAGCACACCUAUGCUAUGGAAUCAAACGCAAUCCCUGGCGGGGUCAAGUUUGAUGUAAUUUUGGCUAUCUACUUGCAAUCAUAUUUGGACAGUCUUUCUGUUACUUGAGAUGUAUUCUUGUUUUGGAUUCAAGAAUCCCAUCUUCUCCUUUCAUGGAUUCUAGUCUGCGCUUUAUAGCAGAUUGGUGACAAUAAAUCCAAACUAGCUGUGCCAUCGGAACAUGGGGUACAGUCGCAACGGUAAGCAACUAAAUUGUAUUUAAUAAUAAAAAUUUAUUUUUUAGUAGAAA